AUGUACCUAGACCAUAUUGUCAGACAUAUCUGGGAUAGAGAGGACCGUAAUCCACUGAAGAUUAUUAACCACGGGCGGAAGAUUACGGGCUUGCCUCGAUCGAAUGAGAAGUGUUUCCAGGCAGCUUUGUCCCUAUCUGGGAUGAAGGACUUGUGCAUGACUGGUUAUAUGACGGUUAACCACGGGAUACUUAAUGCAUUUUUGGAGAUAUGGCACAUCGAGACCUCGUCAUUUCAUCUCCCGCUUGGUGAGAUGUCUAUCACGCUCGACGAUGUGUUGUGUUUGCUGCAUCUUCCGGUCGGGGGGAAACGUCUAGGUCAUGGGAGGAUUAGCAAAGACAAGGAACUCGAGUUAAUGGUAGACAAUCUGGGAGUUGACUUAGAGGUUGUGCUGACAGAGAUGGAGAGAACUAGAGGGGCACAUGCUAGGUUUGAAUUAUUGAAAAAGCUAUAUACAUAUGAGCUUCUUAGAGCAGAGCAGGCUAGAGGUGAUGAGGAGUAG